AUGACGGUCGGUCAAUAUGAACUGGUGCAAAAGAGUUGUUUUGGUGACGGCGGGGGUCAAGAUCUCUUGGCUUCAGAAUGCCGAACUGGACAGGGUCAGACGGCUUGGGCGGGAAAGGCGGGUACACACGGACUUAUUGUGGUCCACUAUUGGUGA